AUGUAUGUUUGCAAAGUUCUUGUUGCUAUAAACGAAUUUUCUUUCCACGCUGAACUGUACAUAUUGCAGGCUUAUCAGUCAACAACCAGUACUGCUUUUGGUACCCUUGGACUGCUUCCUCAAGGCAUUCCCUCACUCGUACCGACUCCUACUCUAUUUUCUUAUGAUAAUCGUAGCUUCCUUCCCCAAGCCAUGUCUCAGAUGGUUCCCAAUCAAACCCUCUUCCCUUGUGAACGACCAUCGUUCAGCGGAAACUGUUUUACGGCUGUAGACAUUUUGAAUUCAACAGCAGCACCGAUAUUUCUCAGACAAUUCCAUCCUACUGUAGUUCAGACCAGAAGAAGAGCGCAGGCAGUCAACUGUCACGAAAAUUCACAAUGUGUCAACUGUAAAACAACAAACACAUCGUUAUGGAGGCGUAAUGAACAAGGAGAAGUUGAGUGCAAUGCGUGUAAUCUGUACUAUCGCAAGAACAAACGCCCGAGACCUCUCUCACUGUGCAAGGACACCAUAUCAAAGCGCAAAAGAAAACCAGUUGUGGACCGUCAGACGAGCAGUUGA